GUCGAGGACUGAGGUGGGGGCUUCAGAGGGAAAGAAAAUAUUGUGUAGACUCGUCCUACCAAGCUUUUAUGUGGGCGAGCGCCGGUGACUUCGGCCUUUCCGCCCGAGAAGCCUCUUUUUUCGUCUUAGGACAACCUUUCUAGAUUUAAAGACGAAAAUCCUUGGCAUCACGCAGUCGCAGAGAAUUUCUUGUUAGCUUGCGCUGAUCGGUCGGCAUUGCCCUGCUUCAGCUUGAAAUGCUGGGCUCACGGCGAGGUACGGUCUUCCUGUAAUCCCCACCAGUUCACUUUUCUCUGAUGCUGAUAAUCUAGGGUUCAUAAUCCGGUAAUGAACCUUAAAUAGUACGGUUUUAUCUAUUUGUUUGUAGAUUCUGGUGCUCAGAUCUUCAGCAUUUUAGGGUUUAGUCUUCGGGUUCCCUGAAACGGAGCUUUGGUUCUGGUCUUCAACCAGUCUUUAAGCCUUUAUUAUCCCCCCCCCCCUUUUUUUUUCGUUUUACUCUGAAAAACGAACAAAAUGGAGGAUACAGAAGAAGCUCGUAAUGAUAUGAUGCAGCGGCUUCAAUCGUCAUUCGGUACUUCGUCGUCUUCUAUUCCGAAACAGCAUUCAUCGACCAGUCGGCCUGAUGUUCCUCAGUUAAAUGCUUCGCAAAUCCGUGCUCCCAUAAGACCAUUUUUCCAGAAUUUCAGCCCGGAUAACAACAAGCGGCCGGGUAUACCUCCGUCUCACCCGCAUAUUCCUCCCGCCUCACCAUAUUCGCAGAUCCCAGUGUCCCGACCGAAUGCUCAGGCACUGGGUUCUCAGAGUUUCAGUCCCGGGCCUUCUCAUUCUAGAUCUCUGUCACAGCCCGCAUUUUUCUCACUUGAUUCUUUGCCCCCACUGAGUCCUUCACCGUAUCGUGACUCCCCAUCUACUUCGCUCUCCGACCCAAUUUCCGCAGAUGUUACUAUGGAAGAUCGUGAUGGGAGCUCGCAUACCCAACUGCCUCCCUCACCUUUCACGAGAGGCAAUUCCAUCCGCCUGGGCGAGAUCCUCCCUCCUCGCAAAGCGCAUAGGCGCUCUAACAGUGAUAUUCCAUUUGGAUUCUCAACCAUCAUGCAAUCUUCUCCACCCCUCGUCCCGCUCAGGAGCCCUGGUGUUUUGGAGCGGUCGGUAUCUGUGAGAGAGAAUUCGGUUUCAACUAAGCCAAUUCAGUUGGUGAAACGGGAAUCAGAGUGGGAUAGAGAUGGGGAUAUCAAUGCAGAAGGGAUGGGUGAGAGGAAAUCGGAAGGGGAGGUGGUGGAUGAUUUGUUCUCCGCUUAUAUGAAUUUAGACAAUAUGGAUACAUUGAAUUCUUCUGGAACUGAGGAGAGGAACUGUAAUGAGAACCGUGAGGAUUUGGAUAGCAGAGCAAGUGGCACAAAGACAAAUGGAGCGGAUAGUAGUGAGAAUGAAGCAGAAAGCAGUAUGAAUGAAAGUGGCAACAGCAUGAAUCGAGCUAACCUAAGUUCCUCAACUGAAAAGAAGGAAGGGAUCAAAAGGACUGCAGGAGGAGAUAUUGCUCCAACCACUCGUCACUAUAGAAGUGUUUCUAUGGAUAGUUUUAUGGGCAAGAUGAAUUUUGGUGACGAGUCACCAAAAUUGCCUCCUACAGGAACUCGGGCAGGUCAACAUUCUCACAGCAAUUCAAUGGAUGGGAACUCAGCUACAUUUAGCUUGGAUUUUGGAAAUGGGGAGUUCAGUGGAGCUGAGCUUAAGAAGAUUAUGGCUAAUGAAAAACUUGCUGAGAUUGCAAUGACAGACCCCAAACGUGCCAAAAGGAUUUUAGCAAAUCGACAGUCAGCUGCUCGGUCCAAGGAGCGGAAGAUGAAGUACAUCUCAGAAUUGGAACACAAGGUACAGACACUGCAGACAGAAGCUACCACAUUGUCUGCUCAGCUGACACUCUUACAGAGAGAUUCUGCAGGGCUCACUAGUCAGAACAAUGAGUUGAAAUUCCGUCUUCAGGCCAUGGAGCAGCAGGCACAACUUAGAGAUGCUUUGAAUGAGGCACUAACUGCCGAAGUACAGCGAUUGAAGUUGGCCACCCAAGAGUUGAGUGCAAAUGCGCAUGCGUCAAGCUGCUUGGCUCAACAAUUAUCCAUGAAUCCUCAGAUGUUUCAGUUGCAACACCAGCAGCCUCCCCAGCUCAACAUGUAUCAGGCACAGCAGCAGACUCAGCCACAACCACGGCAGCAAAACCAGUCACCACAGCCACAACCUCCGCAACAGUCCCGGCCACCACCACAGACACAGCAGCAGCAGACCAGUACAGGGGCAAAGCACGAGCUGAACCAAUAGAUUGUGGCGGGUGUGGUACAAGUAGUUAACAAGUCACCACUCAUGCGCUGGGCCGCUGGGGUGCCGUCAGAUUGUUGUGCAACCAAUCAGUACCUGGUCUUGUUGUGAAGGAAAGUCUCCACAGCAUUCAACUUUACAUUGUGCAUCCAUGCCCAAAUUCUGGGUUGUGGAAAGUAUAGGUUUCUAUUUUAUUUCUUUAAUACGUAUAUAUAUAUAUAUACACAAAUUUCUUUUAGUAGGCCAUAUUUAGUCUGGAUUCUGGAAUGUAAGCAUUUGUUUUAUCAAUAACAUUUAUUGAUUCCUUUUUUUA